CUUUCAUUGUUCAUGCUUUUUUUUUAUUUAACAUUCAACUUCCCUGUCUCUCACUUCUCUCUCCCUUUAUCUCUAUUGUUUUCAAUUAUUCACCAAAUAAAUAAACAAAUAGAUAAAUUAAAACUUUCGGGCUAGCCAUGCACGUGGUGGUGAAUGAUUCCCAGGGAGUCGAGGGCUAUAUUUUCAGCCAACCUCGCUACGUCAUUAAUGUCGACACCUAGUGCCUCGAGGAAGCUCCUUGUUCUUUUUGGGAUAGUUUCGCGAGACCCAAACCAGAUGCCUCUCACGGUGAACUCUCUCUCUCUCCGAAGGUCUCACGGAAUUUCUCUUUUAGGAAAGGGAUACAUUUAUCAAGGUGGCCCUGGACUCACUAGGUAUGCUACGAAUAAGUCGGACACUCCUCUUCCGACUGACACUUCUGGAACAUGGCCAAUGCCUCUGUAG